AUGGCGACCGUGGAGUUGAGCCCCAAGGCUAUGCACAUUCCGAACCAUGAGAUCAAGCGCCCUAGAGGUAUUCUAAAGAACUCAUAUCAAAAAUCGCCACCCCCCGCAUCUCCGAUUAAGGAACAGGACUUGUCUGAAAAGGAGCUUACCAUCAUAAAUACCCAAACAAAUGCCGGCCAUCGUCGCUCCUCGAGCGCGGCUAGCCGUCCUCCUGGUUCGCGGCGCCAAUCGUCGCGUACUCCUUCACACGGUCCAGACCAGGAAAUGUUUGAUAGCAAUCAACGCCUGAAGUGGGACGAGGCGAAUCUUUAUUUGACGGAACAGGAGCGUACCUCCACGAUGAAGAUCACCGAACCCAAAACACCGUAUGCUAAGCAUUACGAGCCGUCGGAAGACGAUGACGACGACGAGAUGCUCGAUGGGGAGCUUUCGCGGAAGGAGGAAAUUCCCGGGCUAUCAUUGGGAGAGCCCGAAGAGGACAUCCCCGAAGAUGAAUUUGGAGCCGGGCGCAAACAAAGCAAGGUCCAUGUUAGUGACGAGGAUGCCACACCGCAACAUGACGCCGAGAAUGAACUCCUCGGCCUGACCCCCGAAGAACAAGAAAAGCAUCGCAAGUUUGAGGAGUUGCGGAAGAAGCACUACGAGAUGAAGGACGUCGCCAAGUUCCUUGGCCACCCCGAGUCUAUCGACGAGCUUGAAGACGACGAGGAGGUUCCUCCGAUGCCUACCAUUAACGGCGCUGUCGUCGGAGCUGGCGACUAG